GGUGAGUGAAUGAGUGUCUGUACAGAGAGAAGUUGGAGGAAGAACGUAGAUCGGCCAUCACUCUCUAGUGUGCCAUGAUAGGCAGAGAACAGACUAUUUGCUUGAGUAUGACUAGCUUCGAGCUUCGUGGAAGGCUGCAAGAAACCGAGGUCUCACAAUUAGCAUUCGAUCAGUGAAAACGGGUGUUCAAAACCACGUUGGUGGAUGGGUGGAUGGAUGGUUGUUUGGUUGGUUGGUCGGUUGAUCAAUAGGUAGGAAGCAUUGAAAGUGGUGCUUUUGCUAAGCAACCGAAUUCGCUCAAGAGACAACAACAUCUAUCUUGACCAGUGUUGGUGUAGUGCAAGUGAUUGAUACAUACAUUCAUAAAUGAGCCAUGAGCAGGCUAGCCGUUGAUUGUGCUAGCUGCCUCAUCACUAAAGCAAGGAAAAAGUGAUUGCUUGUUCUAACUAUGUUCCAUUUUCGGAAACGUGCGUUGCAAGAUGCGAAUCAGUUCUUCCAAAAACAUGGUGAGGAGGGUUCCCCAGAAUCUACGGCGACUUCCUCCUCCUCCACGGCGGCGGAUGACCAUCCCCACCAACACCAACACCAUUAUCAUCCAGGAAAUGCUCCCGAUCCAAUCGGGGACAAUAGCGACCCGGUGGAGGCUUUGGAUCUGCGGAUCAACCGAGUCAACGAGUCGAUCACUUUGUUUGACGAGAAGAAUGUUUUGUCAGAUCCCCCGGAGUUUCUCCGAUCUGCGGCAGGCCCGGUCUCCACCUCGUUACCUCAUCGACGAGAAGACCCUCGGACGUCGCCGUAUAAUUUUGAGCAGAGACAGCGCUUCACUCCGCCCAGAAUCAAACAGGAGUGGGACGACUCUUCUCCAACAGAGCCAUGUGUAACGAGAGGGAGGGCCAUGGCAAUGCCAUCCUAUCGAUCUCAGAUGUAUUCUACGGGUAGCACGUGGCCUCCUCCUUCUCUCUCCAACACAGGUCAACAGCCACAGCGAAUGGAUAUACUCCAAGACAGUCAGGGAGCUUCAUUUAGGCACUAUUCACAACCAAGAGUCGAUCGCUCCCCACAAGGUUACCUGAACAGUAUUCCUCAGCAUGCACAGUUCUCUAAUCCGAACGAUCAAAGAUAUUGGUCACGUCGCGAAGUAGGAAACUUAGGACCAAUUACGCCCCCUCAAUACCUAGCAGAGCAUCUGCAGUCACCUGAUCCACGAUUGCCCUGUGUCCCAUCGCCCGAGGACCAAUCCCCAGGCAUUGGGACCAACAUUCCUCCUAGUCCAGAGUCAUCCAUGCAACCUCGAAAGAUAUCCCUUGCUCAACGGACAUCUGCACAUAACUUUUCUCCCUAUUCUCCCCCACAAUUGCUCAAUAAUUCUAGGGAACCAGACUCUAAUAAAUGCCAUUCGGACUUGAGGAGCUUCCGGAUCAAGCACGAGCCACGUUCACCUCCAAAUCUCCAGACCGAGGAUUUUCAUUCCACCCAAAAUGGGAUGGCCCGCGUUCCCAGUCAUCAUUACCAACGCGGUCCACAAGCCGAGUACCCAGUGCAAAAAGUGAGGCUAGAGCGAUGGCAGCAAAGCCAGGACAAUCCUCGAAGGGCGUAUCCUUCUUUUUAUCCCAAUGGGCCUCUUCGGCGAGAAAACUCUGAGCCAUUUUUAAUGGAGAAGAGGUCGUCACGGAACGCUUUCCUUAGCAUUGUUAUGUCAAAGAGACAGGCUCAACAAGCUCAACAAGCACAACAAGCACAGCAAGCACAACAAGCGCAACAAGCGCAGGAAGCCCAACAUGCCACUUUUAUCGCCAGAAGGUCCCAUUCGUCUUCGGGUCUAGGGGGAGCCUCAGCCUCAAGGACGCAAACGUCUUUCCCAGCUCCACAUGAUUUUGACUUGGAUGGCCGCAUUCAAGCCAUCGAGCGGUCGUCUCAGAAUUAUAACUACAUAUCAGAAACGGACGCGAAACCCCGGUUUCACCACUUAAUUAAAGUGGAGAAGGACACUUCGCCCUUGUCACCCCCUAGUCCUGAGGAUCGACCCCAUCCCGAAUCCCCUCCAUUCCAAAAUAGAAAUUUAGAGCCCAGUCACUAUCCUUUGCCUUUUGAUGAUGGUCGAGACGACGAUGAAUCAGAUACAGGGACCAACAACGUCUAUCCUCCUCCUAAAGUCGGCCGUCCCAGGGCGUCGGUUGCAUCCCAAAAAUCUCGAUUCGACGACCUGGAUCCGUAUCCUUCGCCGAGCGAACAAUCCCCUCAGUCCAGUGGUCUUCCCGAUCCUAGCAUCAAAGGGAAACGAGGCCGACCGAGGAAGCACGCGCCCAAAAUCCCUCUACCUCCUCUUUAUGUGUUUAUCCGAAAUAUGCUCCAUAACAAGGCCUACAAUCCACGGACAAUCAGUUGGGUCAAUGACACGUCGGGCGUGUUCAAGGUCAAUAACACGCAAGAGUUCGCGAGUACCUGGGGCAAGAUGAAGUCCAACCGGAGUGAAGAAAUGAAUUACGAGAAAAUGAGCAGGGCCAUGCGUUACCAUUACGGCAGUGAGAAACAGGGAAGAAAAGGCCAUCUGGCCAUGGUGAAAGAAAAGAGAUUGGUCUACCGGUUUGGAGAGCUGGCAGUGAACUGGCGGACCUCAGAGGUGGAACUCAAUAAUUGUGACCUCCAUGAUCUAUGCAAGGGCCAUCUGUGCUUGUGGUCCAAGGAGUGAAACACGUUAAUAAACAUCCAUCAUCCAUCCCUCUUCUAUUUGAGAAAGAAGCCCAUUCGGACCAAGGCAGGAAUGUGUUGAUGUUCAAUGUGUUCGUUCAGUGAAGAUAUGUGAAGCAGUGCUAUUAGCUCAAGACCAAAUGGAAAUGUGAUGGAUUAAGGCAAGAAAACAUCGAAUCAAAUGUCAGGGAUUGACUGUCGUUAGACGACUUCCACCUCUGCUCACCUGGCUAGCAUUUACAAACAAGUUUAACUCUCCACCGUCGACUAAUUCGGGUCCAAGCUUGACCUGAAUCGAAAACUUGUUUGUCCACCUUUUGAACCAUCAUCUUAGCUUGCUUUCAUGUCACUCUUGGUGUAAGCCGUGCUCUUCCCAACCUACAUACAUCUAUUGAAUACUUCUUCGUCACCCAGCCCCAUCUACGUGUACACGCCCCUGCCCAGUCACACUUCUUUCAAUCUCUACCAACGUACGUACUGUAUGAACGGCAUGACCCUUUGGUCCCUCUCAUUUCUCGACUUCAUAUCAAUGCAAUUCACUCAAGGCAUUGAGCACCACAGCAGAUAUACCUCAUAUAUAAAUGGACAAAUUUUUAUCAUUAUUACAAGAACUAUCAUUAGCCCACGAGAACUGGUAUUUCAAGACUUGACCCCUCCUCUAUUAGAACUAAAUGAAGUCUGGCUUCUUAUCUUAGUACAACUAAAAUUACAACCGCACUAUCUCUCGCAAUCCCAAUAUCGAUAGAAACUGUCACCAUUUGUUCUUUGUCCUUCUCUGUCCCGUUUCCUCUUCCCCUUCUCCUCCUCUUUCUCUUGGUUGUGUCGGUGAACGAAAUCAAUGCUCCCAGGAUUCAUUUCUUGUCUAUAUGGUGACCUCUCCGGACUCGUUUGUGAUGUUCCAUCUGUGUUGAUACUGUCUUUUUGAAGGUGUGUUGAACCACUCAAUUGUGCAAUGGUUCGCAGGAAAUUGAAAAGCUGCUCGCUCUAAUAGAUAAAUUUACGCAGUUCGAUAAAACAAAUUGGUUAUAAUCCUCUUGAGGAAAAAACACGCUGUGAUCAACAAACGCAAGUACCAACGGAGCUAACGACCGACCAAUCGGUAGUUGCAAGCAUAACCCUCGGCUAUACUAUGAUUCCCCCAAAUCCAGAGUUUGAAGAAAAUCCAAAGAAGAAAUCUUUGUAUUUUAUGAAAAAGAUAUGUUUUGUUUAGAUUGAUGAUAUCUCUAUUAGCAUCAUUGAUUCUUGUUCAGUUCACGUUUUCCUCCUGUGUCUCAUAAUCAAAAAACAAAAUACACAGUUAUGCAUAUA